AUGAAAGGCAAGAUACCCAAAAUGCGAGCAGCAAUGCGCCUUAACCCGACCUUUUCCGAUCAUUUCACUGCUCUUUCACAACCUACCUGCUAUCAGACAGGAGUUCUUGGACCCGCAAUCAUUAUGGUCAGAGAUGGGGCUGCCAGGAAACUGUCCAUACAGCUGAAUUGUGGAUCUGAAGGGUGGAUGCCGAAUGAGAUAUGGGAUGCUGCUCGAGAGGUGAACAGGGCAGCGUAUGCAGAGUGGAUGGAGUCUGCAAAGGAAUUGGGGGAGGCGGAAGGGAUGACGCCUGAGAAUGCUGAUAGAUUAUGGCGCUUUGAUGUGAGGUGA